AUGUCUGAAGAAGUGCAGGCUCCGCAGCUGAUCGAUGAUUUGGAACUUCGACCACAAGUUGAUAAGACCAGAGUUAUUAAGGAUUUGUUAGCCGGUACCGCCGGUGGUAUCGCCCAAGUCCUGGUUGGUCAGCCUUUUGACACCACAAAAGUGCGUUUACAGACAUCUACGACUCCAACCACGGCCUUAGAUGUGGUAAGGAGAUUGAUCAAGUAUGAAGGGGCGUUAGCAUUUUAUAAAGGUACGCUGACACCAUUGGUUGGUGUCGGGGCAUGUGUAUCUAUUCAGUUUGGUGUCAAUGAAGCGAUGAAAAGAUUCUUCCAUAGUCUCAAUCCACAACCACAAGCAACUCUGGGGCUUCCGCAGUACUACGUGUGUGGUCUCGUUAGUGGUGUCGCCAAUUCGUUCUUAGCUUCGCCUAUAGAGCAUAUUAGAAUUCGUUUGCAAACUCAAACUGGAUCGGGGCCUACCGCAGAGUUUAAAGGUCCAUUGGACUGUAUAAGAAAACUACGAAGUCAGAGGGGUUUGAUGCUUGGGCUGACACCAACUUUGUUGAGAGAGGCACAGGGAUGUGGUACUUAUUUUCUGACAUAUGAGGCCCUAGUUGCGAAUGAGAUUAAAAAAGGUUUGAAGAGAACAGAUAUACCUGCAUGGAAACUUUGCGGUUUUGGUGCACUGUCAGGCACAGCUUUGUGGUUGAUGGUGUACCCAUUAGACGUGGUAAAAUCGCUUAUGCAGACAGAUAACUUGCAAAAACCCAAAUUUGGUCGUUCGAUGGUUACUGUUGCAAGAACGCUGUAUGCCAAGGAAGGGGCAAAAGCUUUCUUCAAGGGUUUCGGGCCUACCAUGCUGAGAGCGGCUCCUGCAAACGGGGCCACCUUUGCUACAUUCGAACUCGCUAUGAGGCUUUUGAGCUAG